CGGAUAAAUAGCAGUCACAAAGAGAAGAGCACAUCAGCAAGUGGUAACAACUCAUUGGUACAAGGCAUAUUUGUCAGUAAAUCACAGUCUACAGAAUAAAUACAGAUUUAGUCAAAUAGAUUAAGAUGAAGAAGCUGGCUUUGCUCUCAUUGAGCAUAGCAGUGGCUCUGGGAAUGCCACCAUUUGCUCCAGGCGUGGCACAAAACCCUGUGUUGACUAAAGAAGACCAGAGCCCUCUGCUGGGGGACUUUGUUCCUGUGCAGGGUCAUGUUGUGGUGGAAGAUCCUGCACCACAAUUCAGGCAAGGCUCUGAGGAGCAACUGGAAAAAUUGGCUCCGGUGCCACUGGACAUGGAGCAGAGUAUGGUGGAACUAGAGAUCAAAGUGAAGCCACAAGUUGGAGAGAAGAAAGUAAAGACAGAGGCUAAGAAGGAGCCAGAAAUUAAGGUAGAGCAGGAGCUAAAACCAGAGCCAGAAGUUAAGGUGGAUCUAGAGGCUGAUGUGGCGCCAGAAGAAAAUCUGAAUCCACAGGUCAUUGCUGAACUAAAAGUUGAUGAGAAGCCAAAAGUUGAAAUGGAGCCAGAGCUCAAAGAUGACCCAGACUUUAAGGUGGAAUCGGAGGUUAAGGUGGAGCCAGAAGUUCAAGAGGAGUUUCAGGUGCAAAUGAACCUUGAGGCAGAGACUAAAAUAGGCAGGGAGAUUGAAGAGAGGCAUAUUGACAUGGAGGGAAAAUAUAAAGUGGUGGGUGAACCAAUCAUGGAGUUGGAGCCACUGGAUGACGACAAUGACGACUACAUGUCUGUAGACGAACUGAGUGACACAGAGCUGUCCGAAGUGAAAAAGUCUUUCAGGGCAGCAUUUCAGAAUCAAGAUCUUGUCAAUCAACCUCUGCCAGAGCAGGAGAUGGGACUUAUUCGAGAGAGGAGCAAUGUUUUAGAUGAAGAACCAAUCAUGGAGCUGGAAACCCCACAAGAUAAGGUGGAUCAGGACGUAAAUGAGAUGGAGCCAGAGUUUAAGGAUGACCCAGACUUUAAGGUGGAAUCAGAGGUUGAGGUGGAGCCAGAUGUUCAUGAAAUGGAUGAGACCAAAGAGAGGCACAUUGACAUGGAGGGAAAAUAUGAAAUAGUGGGCAAACCAAUCACUGAGUUUGAGCCACUGGAUGACGACCACAUGGAGCUGUCAGAAUUUGAAAAGUCAUUGAGGGCGGCAUUUCAGAAUCAAAAUACUGUCAAUCACCCUCUGCCAGAUGAGAGGGGGUUGCUUAUGAGUGAGAUGGAUUCAGAUGGAGAACCGAUCAUGGAGCUGGUGCCACUGGAUGACGACAACAUGUCUGGAAAAGAACUGAGCAACACAGAGCUGUCAGAGGUUGAAAAGUCUUUGAGGGCUGCGUUUCAGAAUCAAAAAGAUGGAGAACCAAUAAUGGAGCUGGAGACUGAGGGUGAGGUCCUUAUACAUCAACAGGUCAUGCCAGAUGCUGCUAUCAUGAAAGAAGGGCCAGCAUUGGACAUUAUGGGGCAGCCGAUACUAGCUUUAGAGGAGUAUUUCCCAAAUGAAGAGGCUAGGAUGGGCAUGGAGCAAGAGCGAGGCUCUCGCAUGGUGGAGGAGUCACACUAUUUGAUGAUGGAAGAACCAAGCAGAGUGAGCCGUUGUUCUGGUGUGAUGCUUGAGGGGAAGUGUUACCAGUUCUUCAAAGGGCCAAAGGGGGCUGCAGAUGCUGAGCUCUUUUGCCAGGAAAAUUUCCCUGGUGGUCACCUGGCUUCCGUCACAAGCCAACCCAUUCACAGAGAAGUCAUGAACAUGAUGCUGCGGCAAAACGUGGCACAUACACGCACCUGGAUUGGAGGACUACGGUAUUUGCAGACCGGUCGCUUUAUCUGGUUGGAUGGAUCCCACUGGGGCUAUGCUGAUUGGCUGUCAGGGGAGCCCAAUAACACAGCAGAUGUGGAGGAAUGUGUGGAGGUGCUAGCACAUGAAAAUGGAAAGUUCAACGACUUCACAUGUUCAGAAGCUCAGGCUUUCAUCUGUUCCUACUCUUAUUAGUGAAUGUAAAGUGAGCUUAUUUUCUAUAUGCUU